AUGUCUGCCAUUCUCGACGCAUGUGGUAAUGAUACCGGAUCUCCCUCGAUAUCAAAGGCUGAGGAUAACUUGUCCAACAGUGACGGGCCACUGAUCAGGGGCUGCGUUCGUCAAAAUAGCUGCAGCAGCGUUCACAUCAGUUCCGAGAACGUUAAUCGAACGACGAUCGUAUCGUCUUACACCAUGUCGGCGUCCAACGAGAAAUUAACGAAACGACGGUACUGCCUGUGGACCUUGACUUUUGUCCUGGCGAUACUCGGGCUUUGUAAUCUGUUCCUAAACAUCACUGUGAUCGCUGUCCUACGAAUCAGUCAAGGAAUGGAAGCAAUGGAAGUGAUACCUGACGAGAAUCUUGUGAAAUUUUAUGGGAAAACCGACUUGGACAGGGUAUGCUUGCAAUCAGGAGUUUGUCAAAGUUAUGGGGACGAGCCGAUGGAGAUAUCCGGCGACGAAGCUGGUGUGCAGAUACACGUGAACAACCAUCGAUUGUACGACGAAACGCGUGCCAAAGUACUGGUUUUAUCGAACGGCACCACUAUGUCGAAAGUAGAAUCGUUCGAGCUGAAGGAUCCGGCCACCGGGAUUGUUUACUUCACUACCGAUUUCCCGAAUUUCGGUUUACCCGCUGGCGUGGAGAAAAUCGAUGUGAAAAUCGCGGAAACACACCGAAUCACAUCGCCGGUUAAUGAAAGUCUCACCGUGAAUUCUGACGAUCAAAUUUCUAUACAGGGCGCAGAAGGCGCCAGCAUGGAGAGCAAAGAUAUCGUCUGGAGCGCCGACACGGAUAUUUUCUUGAAAAGCGUCAACGGAAGCAUCAUCCUCGAUACCAAAGACGGUGUCUCCAUCGACGUAGAAAACAUACCAGUUGCUCCGAUGUUCUUGCAGAAUCCAUCUAGCCACGAACAAUAUAAAGUUUGCAUUUGCAUGCCGCAAGGGAAGCUUUUCAAAGUAGCGAUUCGUGCUAACAGUCGAUCGAUUAACUGCGCUCGUAUCAGUCGAACUCCAGAGAACGAUCCUUGCUUGCGAUAG